AUGGUAUCAUUAUCAGUUCCAUCUUCAUCUACUGAUGUAUGUACCACACAAGGAUGUAUACAAUCUGCUUUAAAUAUAUUGGCUGAUAUGGAUUUUAAUAUAGAUCCAUGUAGUGAUUUCUAUCAAUAUACAUGUGGAGGUUGGUUAAAGAAUGCUACGAUUCCUGAUUCUGAAUCAAGUGUUGGUACAUUUUAUCAUCUUCGUGAUGCUAAUGCCAAAGUGAUUGAAAAUAUAUUGACAAAUACAUAUCAAGAAAUGACAUUCAAUGAUCAAAAAGAAAAAGAAGCCGAUAUUUCAAAUUUUAAUAUGGUGAAAAAUUAUUAUCAAUCAUGUAUGAAUCAAGAUCAAAUAGAUCAAUUGGGUAGAGAACCACUUGAAAAAUAUCUUUUACCUAUCAAACAACAAGACACACUUGGUGCUUUGAUUCAGUUGGAAAUCACAGGUGGAUCCAAUCCUUUAUUUUCUGCCAGUGUCGAUCCUGAUGAUAGAAAUCCUAAUCAAAAUAUCAUUACUUUAAUGCAACCAUCUUUGGGUUUACCUUCCAAGGAAUAUUUUGAACAAAAACAAUAUGUCGAGAUCUAUAGAAAAUCUAUUAAACAAUUGGCAAAUUUGACCAUGCCUGAUUUGAAUGAACCUGAGAUUGAUGCUGCUAUAGAUUUUGAAACACAGCUUGCUGCUAUGUCAACUUCACUUGAAGGAUUACAAGAUCCUAUUUCUCUUUAUAAUCCUUUUACUUUGGAAGAUCUUGAAAACAAAUAUUCUUAUGUUAAUUGGCGUACAUUCUUCCAAGGGGUGAUGUCUAGAACACCCAAUAAAAUCGUGGUCAUGACACCAAGUUACUUUGAUAAACUGGGCGAACUAUGGCAAGAUCAAAACACGGUAGUUAUCAAGAACUACAUUUUGUUGUCCACCAUGCGACAUCAUGUGUAUCUUUUGGAUCGUGCUACGAAUGAUGUGCUUCAAGAGAUGAACAACAAGCUAUCUGGUAGGAAAUCAUCGCCAACGCGACAACGGACAUGUAUUCAACGUACCAAUGAUGCCUUUGGUGAACUGUUAGGUCAUUACUUUGUGAACAGGGUAUUUGGUAUAAACAAUGACGAUAAUGAUACAGCAGGGAAAAUACAUCAGCUCUUGGAAUCCAUUCGUACUAUCUAUGCUCAACGGUUGGAAAGUGUGGAUUGGUUGGAUGAUGCUACUCGGGCCAAAGCUCUCGAUAAGAUUCAAAAGAUGGCUAUCAAAUCUAUGUACAGUACUCAAUCUCCUGAUAUACGGUCUCCCCUGUCGUUGCAACAGUAUUAUGGCGACCUAAAUUCGAUCAUUCGUCCUGAUACUCAAUUUGAAAACGCAUUGGCUUUGGCUUCUUGGGCUGCAAACAAGUCUUGGUCAUCUUUUGAUAAAAUGGUGGAUAAAGAUAGAUGGUUUAUGGAACCGCAAGCUGUGAAUGCCUAUUUUAGUCCCACUUACAAUCAGGUGGUUGUUCCUGCUGGUAUCUUACAACCUCCUUUCUAUGAUAUCAAUUCAAUUCCACUUAGUCUUGGUGGUAUCGGUGUUGUCAUUGGUCAUGAACUUACUCAUGGAUUUGACAAUAGUGGACGAUUAUAUGAUGGGGAUGGUGUAUUAUCACAAUGGUGGUCCAAUGCGACCAUGGAACAAUUCAAUGAAAAAGCACAAUGUUUUAUUGAUCAAUACAAUGGUUUUAAUAUUCAAGGUCCUGAUGGUCAAGAUCAUCAUGUCAAUGGAAAAAUGACAUUAGGGGAAAAUUUGGCCGAUAAUGGAGGCAUCUCAUUAGCAUACGAAGCGUUCAGCAAAACACCUCAAUUACGAUUAUCAGGUCUUGAUCUUUCUCCUGAAGCCUUGUUCUUCAUCAACUUUGGUCGUGUAUGGUGUGAAAAGGAUCGUCCUGAAAGAGCCAUUCAAAAGAUUCUUGGUGAUGUCCAUUCUCCUGCUCGUGUCCGUGUCAAUGCUGUGGUACAAAACAUGCCUGAUUUUGCAAAAGCCUUCAAUUGUCCUGCUGGUGCACCCAUGAACCCUAUCAAGAAAUGUAAAGUAUGGUAGUUUUAGUUUGACUUUAUAAUAAAACAAUAAAAUACAAUCAUAGAAAAAC